AAACCUUCUGGGAGAGAGAGCAGCACUCAACUCCCAAGUUCCUCGUGUUUCACAGCUUGUGAAAAUUUUAUAGAGGAGAGAGAGAAAAAUAGAUAAAAGGGUAUCUCCAUUGCCAUCACGUGCAGGUAAUUGGAUGGGAGCUCAGAAGAGCAUCCAUGCUGGCAAAGCCAAGAUUGAUGUUAAUGUUGAUCUCACUCACAAGCUCUGCGCUUCUUUGAUGCUUACUCCUUUCAGGAGCACUGGCAGUCCUCUUUCUCUGAUAAUUGGGAGUCUUUACAUCAAACACCCGAACUUAUUUGGUGGAAGCGAGAAGCUUGAUUUAUCUUGGGACAAGGGGCUGUAUGAUUCAAAUGUCUUGGUGGCUUAUCGGAGGCCGAGACCUGAAUGGCUUGCUCAACAGUCUUUUGUUAUGCAGCAUUCUCUUUCACCUGAGAUUGGGGUCCAUGGUAUCCCCAUGGACAAUUUCACCCGUUCAGGGAGUGGAGGUGUGAAUUUGUCUCGACUAUCAGUUGGAAUGGAUCUGAAUGAGCCAGCAAGUUCUAGAUGGAGCAGCGCAACCAGUAUAAAAUUUGAGCAUGUUCGCCCUCUAAAUGAUGAUGGUCGCACAAUAAGCAGAGAUCUUGAUGGGUUUCCUGUGACUUGCAGUGGCAAUUCGCAUGACAGUAUGGUAGUUUUAAGGCAAGAAUCUCGAUUUGCUAAGGCAAAUGAUCGUACUUUUUCUCGUUUUAGUCUGCAAAUAGAACAAGGGAUUCCAGUUCUAUCUAAGUGGCUAAUCUUCAACCGGUUUAAAUUUGUAGCAUCAAAGGGAGUCAAACUUGGGCCAGCAUUUCUUUUGACAAGCCUGACAGGUGGUUCCAUUGUUGGGGACAUGGCUCCUUACCAAGCAUUUGCAAUUGGGGGUCUUAGCAGUGUGCGGGGUUAUGGUGAGGGUGCAGUUGGAUCUGGGAGAUCUUGUCUGGUUGCUAACAGUGAAUUGACAUUCCCGUUAAACAAGAUGUUUGAAGGUGCUAUUUUCUUAGACUGUGGAACCGACUUGGGGUCUGGUCAACAUGUACCUGGAAAUCCAGCAUUUCGGCAGGGCAAACCGGGAUCUGGUAUUGGGCUUGGAUAUGGUCUGCGGUUUAAAUCUCAGUUUGGUCACUUUCAGGUUGAUUAUGCAAUCAAUGCAUUUCAACAGAAAACUGUCUACUUUGGCAUCAGCAACCUUGCUUCCUGAUUUCCCCGUUGCGAAUUCCGCACUUCUUGCAACGGCCAAUGUUCUUAAUGCAGUUUAGUACAUUGCUCUCUUCGGUUGCUGAUAACGUUACAUGUCCUGAUGUCCAUGGAAUGUUUGAGCUGCUGUUGUCCAAGCUGUUUGCUCCCGAUUUGGCCAUUAUUUUGAGAAAUUGAAGAGUACAGAAAUUAUUUUCUUCUGUUCUCAUUUCUAAAAUGUUUUAACUCCUUGUGCGAAAUUUAAAAUCUGAAUAAUUUUUACAGAAUGCUUUAAUUUUUUUGGACCACAUGGCCAAUUUUUUUUUUUUUUUGGCGG